AUGGCUGAUCUUCCCGCAGUCGGAGAUUAUAAGGUGCCCAAUCUCCAUUUGACCGGAAUUAACGUGGAAGCCAUCAAAGACGGAGAUAUCCCAACCGACCAGCAGAUCGUUUCGGAGGCUAGGAUUUUGAAGCAGUCGCGUGAGGCGAUUCCAUAUCUAAACGCCGCUGAUUCUGCAGGAGCAAAUGCGGAGAUGCAGUGGCCUCCACUUCACCCCCAACUCCUAUUGAUAUGUCAAAAUAUCGAUGCCGAGACCCAAUUUCAGACCCAAAUUCUGGAGGACAUGACCCGAUUUCAGACCCAAAUUCGGGAGGGCAUGACCCAACUUCAGAUCCAACUUCAAAAUCUCCCGACCCAACUUGAGGAGGGCAUGCUAAAUCAAUUGAACAUGAAUGUUGACGCAUUUGCCCAGAUGGCUUCUCAAGGAGUAGGAAGUAGCUCAAGAAGUAGGAAAAAGCCUUCUCAAGGAGUAGGAAGUGGCUCAAGAAGUAGGAAAAAGCCUUCUCAAGGAGUAGGAAGUGGCUUAAGAAGAAGUGAAAGAAUUAGGAAGUAG